AUGGCUUGCAUCCAGCAGUUAAUCCAACCCAUACAAAGCGACCAUCGGUCAAAAUAUCAUCUACACUAUUAUACAAAUGAAUCUAGCAUAGUGGUUGCUGGUGAGGUUUUGGGAGGAGCAAAAAUUGUUUUGCUGUCCUCCUCCCUACUAUUAUACUCUGUCCCCUCAACAGGAGUUUAUAUUCAUGGCCUUUAUCUGGAAGGAGCUGGAUGGGACAAGAAACAUUCCAAGUUGGUAGAAAGUAGUCCAAAAAUAAUUCAUCAGUUGUUACCUGUAGUCCAUAUGUCAGCCACCAUAACUGAAAGCACCACAAAUAAAAUUUCGGAGAUGGAAUCUAAAGAAAUCAAAGUGUAUGUUUACGAAUGCCCCGUGUACAAGAAAACAGACAGGACCGAUUCCACACUUAUUUUCUACAUGAAAUUAAAUUCCCACAAAACGGCCAAUCAUUGGAUCGGCAGGGGCGUUGCGCUGAUAUCUAACGUCAAGUAA